GAGACGAGGAACGCUAGGGGGCUUCUGUUGACUAUCGCGGUUCGAGCUCUGCGCAGCCGCCAGCGCGGCGCGUGGCACCGCUAGGGCGGUGAUUGGCUUUGGCGGACAAGAAGGCGGCAGCUGAUUGGCUGGUUCAAAGCUGAGGGGACGGUUUGGCGGCCGCGGCGGGCGGCGGCAGUCGUGAGGGCUUCGUAAGCCGAUAAAGAAGAUGGCAAAGAGGCGGCGGCUGAACGCCAGUGAUGGGAAGGACGGGGCCGAGUAAGUUCGACUUGAGGGUGGGGGAGCGCCGCUGAGGUAACAGGGGCUGCCCUUUUCCCUCAGAAGAAAGCGAGCCGGGGAAACGGUACGUUGUAAAUCAGUCCGUUUAUUUUUAUCCGGCUCUUCCUCCGAGGAGCUCAGGACGGCUAUUAACAUAGUGGGAUCCCCAUUUCGUCCUGACGACAACCCUGUGAGGUAGGAUGGGGCCGGGAGAGGAAGUCGCAGCCAGUGAGAGCUUCGUGGCCGAGAGGGUUUGAACCCGAGUCAUGGCCUGUGGGCCUGGGGUGCCGGAUGUCGAGCCCUCCUGGUGUUUGAGACUGCAGCUCCCAUCAGCCCCAGCCAGCAGGGAUAAAGGGCAUAGGAGCCCCGCCCCGUAGUCCCCAAAGUAAUGUCAGUGAGUGGGUUGGAGUGUGGGAGAAUGUUGCUGCUCAUUGAUGAGGAUAUUUUCCAAAUUGUUAUAGAUCUGGGAGGAUCCCCCCAAACUCUAGGAAUAAAUAACUAUUAGGAGUUUGAUUAAAUGGGAUGUGGAUUAAGACACCAACUUCACAGCUGUGCCAGGCAGGGAAUUCCUGGACUGGCUUAUGCAAACCAACCUGGUGGAGCUACGGCUAUCAAGGGUACAAUAGAGGCGGUUAACAAGACAACGAAACUUCCCUCUUGCCCGCAGGUGUGAACUGAGACUGGGGAUUUGGGAGGUUGCCAGGGUAACAGCUGGGUGGGAGCUAGGUGAAGGAGGAUAAAAGAGCUGAGAUCCAUCAUUUGGAGUGUGCUGGCUGCAGGCUACUUACACUGCUACCUUUUGGAAUGACUAUGGUGUAAAAUCUGGACUUCCUUCAUUCAGACUGAAGGUGUAAAUAGGUGAAUAAACCAUAUUUCUUAAAGCAUGACAUUCUCCGCCAUGUCUUCUAUUCCCCAAAGGGACACAGACCCCAUGUGUGUGCCUAGGACCCCAUGGGCUUUUGCCACCAAGAUGCUCAGAGACGCUUUGUUAUUUUGCAUACUUCAAGCAUUUUUAUAUUCAAUAACAUUUAUAGACAACUUGAUUGUAAAAACAAAAUACCCUCUUACAAAAAUAUAUCUUCCAACAACUCUCAGAAGAAAGUAGGGUCCAGUGUACGCUUAUGUUGCACUGCUCUCACAAGAGUAAAAGCCAGUAUAAAGUGGCACUUACAGUGCCAGACUAAAAGCAGGUAUCUGAUAGUCCCAGAUUCACAUCCUCAUCCAUCCACCGAGCUCACGGAGAGUAACCAUGCACCAGUCACUUCCUUUCUCAGCCUGGUCUACCUCACAGAGGUUGUGAGGAUAAAAUGAGGGGAACGUGUAUUUGGAGGAAUGGCAAGAUAAAAAUAGAAUGUACAUGUAAUUGAACUACAGCUUGCAUCAUCCCUGACUAUUGGCGGUGCUGACUAGGGUUGAUGAGAGAUGGAGUCCAAUAGGAUCUGGAAGGUACCACACUGAUUACCCCUGUUGUAAUAGUGUGUCCUGUACUGGCUUCUGAAGCAGGCUGAUGUAGCCAAAACACAGGAGAAAAUAAGUAUUUAAUAUCUACUUGUUGUGGAUAGGAUGAUUGAUUCACAGUAGGUUCUACUUUAUAGUAUGACUAGACCUUAAAAUCUCAAGUGAUGAAGAUCUAAAUUUGUUGUGAUUAUCCUGAAUUUUGGGAAUAUGUAGCUAUACCACUGAGAGGUUUCUCACCUAUACUUUUGCCAACAUAAUUUUGUAAAUAUUACUAUCCUACCCUCUUAAUUAUAUUUUCAAAACUCCUAAGCUUCUAAAACUUUAGCUCAUCUCUUGAUUGGAAGGUGUUUCAAACCUGUAAUUAUUUUAGGGUUGUGGCUGGGGUUUUUGAAGCUUCGUGAUACCAUUUUAAGAUGAAGACAGACUUGUAACAGGAUUCCAGAUGUGGCUGCAGCAAAUACUUAUAGUAGCAUUUCAAUUCUUGCCAUUUAUUUUCAAUCCCUUUCCUACUAAUUCUUAAUACUGUAUUGGAUUUACCUUUUUCUCAACUGCUGCAUGUGUAUCUUCAGUGUGUAAUGCAGGCAUCCCCAACCUGCGGCCCUCCAGAUGUUUUGGCCUACAACUCCCAUGAUCCCUGGCUAACAGGACCAGUGGUCAGGGAUGAUGGGAAUUGUAGUCCAAAACAUCUGGAGGGCCGAAGGUUGGGGGUGCCUGGUGUAAUGUAUCUGAAUAUUUAAUCUCUAUUUUAUUUUGAAGGGGGUUCAUUAUGGAUGAGAGAGUAGCUGAAUACAUUAGAAGAACUGUGCUGCGAAUCCCACGUUCCGAAAUGGGGAAAAUGCUGGCCACAUGGGGGUUUCUGUCUGAAACUCAGCUUCAGUCUUUAAACAUCCAUCAGCUAAAGGAAAAUGUGUCCCAAGAAGUAGUUCGGCUAUGUGAGGUGAGAACAGUAUUGGAAGGAUCAUUGUGAAAUUUGUACAGAUGUCAGUGUUUUUUCUGCAUAAAAUAAAACACAUGCUUACUGGGAAACAUAGUACCGUACUAUUUAAGUACUAUGACAGUACUAUUGGUGGUCUGUGUUUUAAAAGUACUUUUAAUAGGAGUUGGUCUCUUAAUACUGAAAUCUUUCUCAAGUGCCUUUAAUAGAGGACCCACCAGACCUUUGGUGAUGUCUUCACCCAAAUAAGAGGAUGAGGCAGUGAUGUGAGCACAUGGGAGCAUGUGUGAAAAGUAGUGGUCUUUGCAGUGAGAGAAUUUUGAAUGCACAUUUGGGGAGGCACAUUAUUCUUACAUUUAUACCCCAUCUUUUGUCUGUCACUAUUAUUCCUUGCAUGGGCAAUGAUGUAGAACAGGCUUCCUCAAACUCAGCCCUACAGUUGUUUUUUAGGCCUAUAACUCCCAUGAUCCCUAGCUAGCAGGACCAGUGGACAGGGAUGAUGGGAAUUGUAGUCUCAAAACAUCUGAAGGGCCGAGUUUGAGGAAGCCUGAUGUAGAAAAUAGCACUGGCUUUGGCCUUUGGGGUGCAUAUCUUCUUGUUCCAGUUCUGAGAACUGGAGCAUACUGUAUCUUCUUGCUCCAGUGCUGGAGUAUAGCAGGGCAAUGUGAUGGAGCUCCUUUUAGCACCUAAUCCAGAAAUCUGAGCACUGUGUAACUGGAACCCUGGGGAGAGGGCCACAAACCCCUCCCGCUGACAGUUUGUUACAAAUUGUACAUGUUGUAUGGGAAAUGUGACCUUGGAGCAAUUGUGGUGAGGCUCAGGGAUACUUUGGCUGUAGAUACAUUUUGAUUUGUAUAAUGAUUCUGCAGAAUUUCAACAAAAUCCAUGACUGUUGUAGCCCUUGAUCAUCUGUGACGGAGUGCCCCCAGUUUCUUGUCAACGAAGCAACUAAUGAAUAACUAAUAGAUUUUACAGGUUCAGAGCUUAAUAAUGAAACAAUAUUAUUUUAAUACAAAUGCAGUUUUUAAACAGAUCUGGACAUAAGAGUAAGCCAUGAACCAUGAUUUACUGUGAAUGAGUAGCAUGCUGGUGCACACAGCUCUUUCACAUCCACCCCCUCCUCCAUGCUUGGAGAAAACAAAUCAGGGCAUAGACUUGGUUUUAUGUGGAAACGAAUGCUCACACAUUUGCUUACCUGUUUAGAGAAAACAAACCACUAAUGCUGGUUCGCAAGUAAUACAAGGUCACUGUUCUACUUUGUUUUCUCCUAACAUAACAUGGAGGGGAGGGGGCUGGUGUGAAGCAUGCACCAGUACAUUUGGAAAAAACUGUGGCUUGCCAUUGUAUGCAAUUUGGGCCUAUAUAAUGUCGUCUAACUUUUUUGAUUAGUUGUUCUUAUUGUCUUGAAGGAAAACCAUGCAACUAUCCAGCAUGCAGCAGAUCUAGACAUAAUUUGUAAGUGAAGUGUUUUCUUAUAUUUUGUUGUUGUUGUGAUUAGUUUCUGUUUUGGUAUAAACCAGUUAGAUUUUGGUUAAGCACUCAGCACUUCCUUUUGAUUAGAUUAAUAUUUGUCUUGUCGAAAAAAUAAAUCAUUUAACUUUUAGGUAAUACAAGGUAGUUGAUGACUCCCCUUCCCUCUUAAUUUGAUGGUAUUGUUUUCAUUACACAGUGAUACUAGGCCCAGCUAUCCAUGUACCAUCUUCAGAAGGCAAGAGUCCUCUCCAACCCAGUAAUUGUGUUUAGCCAGUACUGUAAUCGUAUUCCCCAAUGAACAUUCCCAAAGCAAAGAAGUUUCUACUAGACUAAGAUUUCAUUUCUUUGCAGUAUACAUAGCUUGAAUUACAUUUAGAGCCAGAUAAGGAAAUAGGAUGCUCUUUUCAACUUAAUCCUCUGUUUAUUUACAAGUGUCACUGUUUAAUUUGGCUUACUGCCAGAAGUGUUUAUAGGAUUACAGUACUAUUAAAUGGUAUUUGCAUAACUCACUAAAUACAAGCUUGAAUAUUUGUCAGAAUCUGAAGUUUUGAAUUCCAUUGUGAUCUGAAAUCAGUAGUAUUUGGUAAACAUUUACAUUGCAGCUAUUUAUAGUUUACAUUGUGAAAUGUUAAAGUGUAACUACAGUACCCCAGAUCAUGCAUUGAUUUCUAGUUUGCUUCAAUUUUUGAAAAGUAAAUGGAGGUUGAAAGAAUCUAUAUCCAAUGUCAAAUUAAGGAACCAUAAUUUCUCCUCCUCUCAUAAUUUGGAAUAAAUGUUUGGGUAAAUAUUUGAUCUUUAUUGUAUUCACAUUUCUUGUAAGCUGCUUUAUGGUAGAAAUAACAAUAAGAAGAAAUAACUCAACUAGUCACUUGCAGGUUGGAUUUGGCUCCUGAAGAAAUUUUGGGCACAAAUGGCCCUAUGCAAAUAUAAUCAGAAUGAUAUUAAAAUUUGCUGACAAUUAUACUUGUUAGGGAAGUAAAUUUUGGCUGCAUGAAGGGAUGAGGAAAGUGGGAGUAUCUGUGUACAGUAUUGUUUAGUAAGCCAAAAUGUAUGACUUAGAGUUAUCUGCAAAUGUGGCCAAUGAGAAUACUAUGUAUCUGCACUAUUUGGAAAUCUGUUUAUAUCUUACCAUUUGAAAACACAUGUCUUAUUUCUGUGAAGCUCUUAAUUGUUGGGUGGAACCAGUUUUAUUAUAUGGAAACUGAUCAUCCAUGAAAAGGGUUGGGUUGGAUUGUUCUAAUCUCCAGAAUGUGUAAUAGAUAUCGGUUCCCAAGCAUACAGAACUUAGCCAUCCUUUCUGUAACAAAGAGCAAAACUGUUGACUAAUCAGCAAAAUGAAAUAUGAAAUUCCUGUAUUGUGUAGGGAGGAGUUGCUUAUAACAAUUAUGGAUUCUUGUGUUAAUAAGCAAUGCUGUUUAUUGUCAAAUAUUUUUCCUCAGACAACUACACAUACAGGGACAAAAAGCUUUGGACUGUUUAUCAAAUGACAAAAGAAGGUGGUAAGUGUUUAUAAUUAUCAAAAGCAUUAUAUAAAUAAGUGAAGUGCCCAGUUAUCUGUUAUAGUCUUAUUUUGCUUAUCCUCACUUUAAAGUGGAUUGUGUCAGCUAUCUUAUAAAACUUGCUGGAAACCUCUAAAAUUUUGCUGUUUUUCUUGCAGACCUUUGACUGUUUAGCAGAGCUCAGGUUGGGUUUUUCUUAAUGCUACUUAAAGGCCAAGAUAUACUUCUUCCUUCCAUAAUAAAACAUUUCCCCCAGGAAAUGAACAGAGCAAUCUAACUGGGAUGUGUGUAUGUAUGGAUCCACCACCAUAUCCUAAGCCUCACCAACUCAUGCCAGCCAGGGUGGCAGAUUAGUUUUCAUUACACCAGCUCUAGACUUGCUUUGAGGAAAGAGCAACUUUAUUAUGCCCUUUCCAGAACUAUUGUCUACAACAGCCAUUCCAUCCUAUAGGAGAAGGUACUUGCAGGAUCUUUCCAUAAACUCUGCUGGAAGAUCAGAAACUUUGGCCCCUUCUCUCCUUGAAUUCGUAUAAUUCCAGGUGAUCGUUAUAAGAACUGAGAAACAGUGACUAAAUUUUAUUUCUCUCCCAACCCUUUUUCGUUUUGUAUUUCAAAUUUUUGAUUGCAUUCCUGGGGGCAGGGAUAUGAGACCAUCUCAGAAAAGUUUUUUAACGAAAGAGCAGGAUUUCAAAAUUAUUAAUAAUAAAUAAAUAAUUUGGUAUUUUGCAUGAUUGAACUAAAAUAAUGCAAGUUAUGUUUGGAAUGAAGCUUAUUUUAAAAUGUUUUAUUUUAUUGGCAGGUGAUGAAUAUGACAUUUUUGACUUGGCAGAUUUUAAAAAGAAAUUUAAAAGAAGUCUUCAGUCAGCUUUGAAAAAUGUGAGCAUAAACAAUGCUAAUAUUUUGGGUUCUCUUAAAUGUUUUGUUAUCCUGUUGUAUAAAAAUAAUGUAAAUUUAUAGUAAUUUGAAACUAAAUGGAGAAAUGUCUACCAUCUAUCCAAUUUAGCAGUGAUCCUUGGGUUUGUUUGUUUGUUUUUUAAAAAUGCAGUAUUUAGUAUCAUAUUGGAAGGUAAUUAGGUGUGCUUCAUAUCUCAUAACUUCUUUGUAUACAUUGUAGAAACCAUUGUGUUAAAGUAGUUCAUGAUGUGUUUGCUGCCUCUUGUAACACAAGAAACAAGGAUGUCUAUACUUCUUGGCCUUUAAAUAUAGGGUUCUCAGUACUUUGAGUGCCCACUUCUGCCAGCUAGACUGCAAUAUAUAUUUUUCCUUUAUCUUUACUUCAGGUAACUAUCAGCUUUAAAGAGUUUGAAGACAAUGCAAUUUGGAUUCGCAUUGCAUGGGGAACACAGUAUACAAAGCCCAACCAAUACAAGCCAUCCUAUGUAGCUUACAUUUCACAGACUCCUUAUGUGUUCAUAUCCAGCUCUAGAAAUAAGAACUGCAAACCGUUACUUUUGCAGGUAAAUACAUUAUGUCUGGUAAAAAUUUGUUUUUCUGUCAUCUUCAAGGUAAUUUCUAAACUUAGAUUUAGUAAGAGUGAAUGAACAAGCAACUGGAAAUUACUGCUCAGCUGCAUGAUAUCCUACAGAGGUAUAUACUCUGAAAUUCAAUAUCAAAUUCCAAUUCUAAAACAGAAAUAAUGGAACAACUCUUUCAACUUCAACUAAACUAGCACCUUCAUUUUUAAUUAAAGGCCCUGCUGAUAGCUGCCAGUUACAAUGACAUCCAUGAAAUGGACCUCCGAAGCCGUUGUUUAGACUCGCUUAAAGAUAUUUUACUUAAGCGAUGUAGCCAGGUGAGUUAUUUAAGUAUACUAUUCUAAGUCAAAUCUUGGGGUUUUUUUUAAAUCUUAGGCCUGGUUCUAAAAUUCUCAGGAGGUAAGGAAAUUUUCUCCUUCAAAGAGAUUGCUUAUAGUACUACAGAGCUGUACAGUCUUACAAUCAGGAAGAGAUAAUAAGGGCCAGAAUUAGUUUCCCUCCUGCUUUUAGAGCCAUUAUUGAGUUUUUAUCAUUUCUGUCUGUUAUCACUUAAUCUCCAAAUAUGCCAUUGAACUGCUUUGCAUUACAUGCUAAGCUGAACCUUGCUAAGUCACUUUGCUCCUCCCCUGUCCUUUUUGCUAUUGUGCUGAGCCAAGGUUUGGCUUGAUGUGCUGUCUGAACUGCGGCUUGUGGUUAAGAUCUUUGUUCACUAACCAUGAGCUGUAGCCAAGGUUUGUUCUUGGCUACAUUUCAUGGUUAUUGAAGAGAGAAUUGAGCCAAGGGUCCUUCACUGAGCACUGGCAAGAAGGAAAAAUACUUGGUUUAGUCUAAUGUUCAAAGCAGAGGUUGUGGUUUGUUUUCCUCUAAACCACAGCAAGAAGUCAGCAUUUUUAAUAUAAAUCAGAUUGCAGUUUUGUGAUGCUAAGCCAGUGAUUUGGUUUGUUUCUUCAUAAACUAGAAGGAGGAGCAAAACAGCCCUGAUGGAGUCAUUAAGCAUAAUAUAUAGUUAACAGUUUCUCAUGGCAUGCAAACUGGGUCUUAAGUCAAUGAACUUGGAAUAUUGGUUGUAUACAAAGUCCUACUCGGAGUAGAGCCAUUGAAAUUGAUGGACCUAAUUUAGUCAUGCCCAUUCACUUCAGUGGGUCUUCUCUAAGUAGGACAAGCAUUGAAUGCUAUGCAGUUUCAUACAAUCACUCAUUAGAGGCAAAAAUACACUAACAAUGUUCUAUCACUAUUCUAUCUCUCCAUGGACCCCCUCCUCCAGAAAUUUCAAACACAUCACCCACAACCUCUACAAGAACGAAAUUGCAUUCUGCAAAGAGGUACCCAUAAUAUCUUGGUUUAAAACUCUAUAUAGCAAAACAGUUUAUUUAAAUAUUAAGAAGUCUGGCCAUUGUAAGAAGGCCCAUGUUUACCACAUGACUAUCGGUUUUGGGGUGCCCAUAUCCCCUGUGUGUGCACAGGAAGUGGUUCAGCAAGUUGUGCACUAGUUGGAGAGGUUUAUCAAUCUUCUAAAAUAUUUAAAUAAAUAUUCAGAAACUUCAAAUAGUGGCUAAUAUUUAUCUUGCAUGCAUUAAACUCACAGCUGGAAGUUCAUAGCUUUCUCUGGUGUUGAUCUGUUCGCUUUUAGUAUGUUUGUUAUAGAGUAAAUGAAUGGGGGGGGCACUGCAGCACAAUUCAUAGAGUACUUCAAGCACCCAACAGUGAACUGCGUGUGUAUGUCUUGCUCUGUUGCAUCAUGACCUUUACAUCUUUGGAUUCAGUUCUGAAUGCUACUUCGAAAAGGAUAACAUUUUACAUGAGAUUUUAUAUGGUUCUGUACUUUCAGUGGAUCCAAAUAUAGUAAAGGAAGAUAAACUUAAAAAGGAAAGAAUUGAAAGAGUUAAUGAGGAAGCCUUUGGUGAUGGUCCUCAGCCAAAACUGGAGUUUGCACAAUACAAGGUAAAAUUAUAUUUAAUGCAUAUUAUAUAAAUUUAAUGCACAAAUAUACAUUUAUUAUGUAUAUGUAUACUAUAGAAUUUAUUUUUGCACAAAACAAUACUUAGGGCUGAAGUGUCAGUUAACUACUUAGAUUAAUUGAAUAAGACUAUUUGAUCAACUGAAAAAGGUGCCAUUAAUCAGAUUAAAAAGAAAUACAUGAAACUAUAUGGUAGGCACCAUCUCAGGGGAGGUACUCCCCUGUGUAAGAUGCACAAACAAGUUCAGUUUUUAUUCUGUUUAUUCUAUUACUACUUCAAUCCCAUUUGUUUACUCAGAAGUAAGUUCCUAUGUUCAGUUAGAGUUGUUUGUGGCCUAAAAUUCAUAUAAUUGACUAAGUUUUCUAUUUCUGCAGCAGCCCUGCAAUUUUUUUAAGAUAGGCCAACUGUUAGCGUGCAGAUUUCAUUGUACUAACUGAAAGAGUAUUGAUUUGUUCCUCCGUGUUGCAUGAAUCCAUUCUAAUACUGUAUAGACUGCUUGAAAUACAGUCUAAAACCCUGGGCUUAAAUAGCUUACUUUUCUUAAAUGAACUAUUUUACAUGCACACAGGAUUUCCAGCCGUGCAUGCAGAUCAUUACCCUGUAUACAGAAUGGUGAUAUUCCUUUGAUGUUGUAAUUGAUACAUCAUGGUCUUGAAAUGUUAAAGUACUUUUCUCAAUUCACAACAACCCCAGAGGGUAGUGUACUGAGACUGAAGUAAUUCUUAUGCUUUUUAAUUGAGCCAAUACUGUAGCAAUACUGAGACAGUAAAUUAGAACAUGUAGCUUAGUGCAGUGAUAAAAAUGCAAUCAAAAUUGCUGCAAGUGUUUUGGGUUCUUUAAAACUAUGAAUGAGGCUGUUUUAGGCCUUGUUGCCUAUUUGCCACAGGGGGGCACUCUUUGGGUUUUUUUAAAUGCACAUCUAUUGAACCUGUUUUAUUUAAUGUCUUUGUGACAGAAGGCCCAAGUAACACUUGUUUCGUGGUACAAGACAGGUAGAAUUCCACCAGAGUGAUAAUAGUUCUCCAUAUGUUGAGCUCAGUCUUCACUGAUUGGCUCUGUGUGUGUGUAUACACACAAAUACUUAAGAAUACAUAAGUACUUUGAAAAAUCAGAUUGUAAAAUCUGAAAAAGUUGCUGUUCCUGUUUGUCGAUUUCUUAAAGAAAAUGCAUAAAGCUCUUUUAAAAUGAGGUGCAGGAAAGGAUAACUGUUGAAUUCUGAGUGGAUCCUGAGUGUAAUACCGUAUUUUUCGCCCUAUAGGACGCACUUUUUCCCCUCCAAAAAUGAAGGGGAAAUGUGUGUGCGUCCUAUGGGGCGAAUGCAGGCUUCCUGAAGCCUGGAGAGCGAGAGGGGUCGGUGCGCACCGACCCCUCUCGCUCUCCAAGCUUCGCGGACCUCUCCGCAAACAGCGGGAGCGUUCCUGCUGCUUGCGGAGAGUUGCCUGCAUGCCGAAGCCUGCGCGCGCUGAGAUCAGCGCGUCCAGGCUUCGCGGACCUCUCCGCAAGCAGCGGGAGCGCUCCCGCUGCUUGCGGAGAGUUGCCUGCAUGCCGAAGCCUGCGCGCGCUGAGAUCAGCGCGUCCAGGCUUCGCGGACCUCUCCGCAAGCAGCGGGAGCCAGCGCUGGGCUCCCACGGCUUGCAGAGAGCUGCCUGUUUGGGGGCUGGGGUCGGGGGAAGCUCGGGCCUCGCGCCUGGGGGGGAAAAUAAUUUUUUUCCCUUUAUUUCCCCCCAAAAAACCUAAGUGCGCCUUAUGGGACGGUGCGUCCUAUAGGGCGAAAAAUACGGUAAUCUGUUGGCUGAAAACAAAGUGUAGUUUUAGCACUUUGAACUGUAAAAAUAAUUAUCGGCUUAUUAUAAGCUACAAAGAGCGCUUUUUUAUAAACCCAUUUAUUGAUUUGACUUACAGCUUGAGACUACGUUCAGAAAUGGUAUCUUGAACAAUAAAGACCCGUUUAGAUGUAUGGUCAAGUUUUCUAGUCCUCAUCUUUUAGAGUCACUGAAAUCCCUAGCACCUGCCGGUAAGUGUUCCAGUGUCUGAGAAUGCACACUCAUAGUAUUAUGUUUUGUAUGCUUAUCUGGUGCAUAAGGAUUCCAUAGAAGCAGUAAUUUCUGAGUUUCAGUACCACAACUGCCAAACUUAUUUUUAAUCUUUCAAUGUUUUAAAACUGGUUUAGGCUUUAAAUGACAGCUGAUAAUCAGACAACUGGCAAAAUGUACUCUGUUUCACUUGUCAGUACAGUGGAACCUCUACUUACGAUGUAAUCAAUUCCAGAGGUCUGGCCAUAAGUCAAUCCGGGUCGCUGGUAGAAGCGCUGUUUUGUGUGGCAGCCGCUUUUUUGCAUGCACGAAUCACAGCAAACCCGGUAUUUACUUCCGGGUUUGCCAUGGUCGCAACUUGGAUCGGGCCCAAGUAGAGGCAGUCGUAAGUAUAGGUUCUACUGUAUUUAAGUGCCAAAAAAUUGAGUUGAGGAAUAUUGGCUGUGCCAGCAUUCCAACAUAAACUAAGAUGCAGGCAAAUGAUUCCAUAACAUCUUCAGAGCCCUUAAGCACUGCAGCUGAAUGUUCGGACUUCAGUUCCUAUUGCUUGACUUGCACAGGGGAGUGAGAAACUGAAAUGUAUCAAACUAUGCUAGCAGGAGACAUUAGGGGCUGAACUUGACUAAAGGUCCCCUAGUGUGGGGUAGGGAACUAUUGGCUCAAUCCCCAUGACGUCUAGUAAGUAAGGCAAAUUAUGAGAGUUGUAGUAAGCAUGGCUAAUUAAGGGUCAUCAGUUCUCCUGUCCUGGUCUAGUGUAACAUACAGAGGAUUAUAGACUAUUAUAGUGAUCUAGAAUAAAAGGCAAGUGCAUAAACUAAGUGAAGAGCUGUGUUUAAAAGAAAAGGCUUAUGUGACCCUUAAAAGACAGGUCCCACCAAACUGUUUUGUUCUUUGGACAGCUGUACUUUCAAGGCAAUAUGGAACCAUAUGCAAAACUUAGAACUGAUUCUAAUUUUGUUUUCUUCUAUUGUAGGGCUGGCAGAUGUUCCCCCCUCACCAUUACUUACUUGCAUCACCCAAAAAGCCAGGAACUAUUUUAGAAUUAAUGAGAGAAAAAGUGCACUAUCACAAACCCUUGCAAGCUAAUGGCAUUUUUAGACAAAGGAGUGGAUUACUUAUUUCUCUUCAGCAAAAUAAAACAACAUGGAAUGUAUUCCUAUAAACCUCUUACAAUUCAGUUGGUCAGAUUACAAUAUGACAUCUUAGCAGGCUGUAGCCUGCUAGCUGGUGUGACCUGUUGACCAGAGUCUGUAUGUACUUCCUGGACAAUGAGUAGAUGAACUUCUUUAGCAAAUAACUGAAGUUAGAUGUAAUAUCAAAGUGCUUGAUUGUUUAAGCAAAUGAAAGUUUUACUUAUCUUUAACUUUUCAGGCAACUUUUCAAAAUUCUUAUUGAUAUGGUAUUAAAAUUAUAAUAAACAUGGUGCUUGUAAUAGUAGUUUUUAAAAAUAGCUGUGUGAUUAAAUAAAUGAAAGGC